AUGUACAGUGCCGCAGCACAGGUAGGCGGAUCAGCGAGUCCACCAUCAACUGGGACUAUGACGCAAGCUGGAGACCGAAAGAAUAAAGCCUUGAAUGAUAAGCAGAUUUACCAGUGGAUCUCGGAACUUGUAACUGGGAGCAACAGAGAGAGAGCAUUAUUAGAGUUGGGCAAGAAGAGAGAGCAGUACGAUGACUUAGCAUUGGUUUUGUGGAAUUCUUUUGGAGUGAUGACUGUUUUGUUAGAAGAAAUAAUUUCUGUUUACCCGUUUUUGAACCCUCCCUUGUUGACUGCGUCAGUGUCGAAUCGAGUUUGCAAUGCCCUCGCACUUCUUCAGUGCGUAGCUUCCAACGUUCAAACCCGUGGAUUAUUCUUAAAUGCCAACUUGCCGUUGUAUUUAUACCCCUUUUUGUCCACCAAUGCCAGACAACGGUCGUUUGAGUACUUGAGACUCACGAGUUUGGGUGUUAUUGGUGCAUUAGUGAAGAACGAUACUCCCGAGGUGAUCAACUUUUUGUUGACCACAGAGAUAGUUCCGCUCUGCUUGAACAUCAUGGAGAUAUCUUCUGAACUCUCUAAGACUGUUGCCAUCUUCAUAUUGCAGAAAAUCUUGUUAGACGAUCAGGGCUUGUCUUACAUCUGCACCACGUAUGAGAGAUUUCACACAGUUGCUUCGGUGUUGUCAAAAAUGAUAGAUCAGUUGAGUUCGACGGCAGAUCAAGGUCUGCUGGGGCAACCUGCGGAUCCCACGCAACAACAGAACACAGCAUCUCAACAGCCCCAUGCAUCGAGCAGUUCUGGCCGGUUGUUAAAACACGUUGUCAGGUGCUACAUGCGCUUGUCAGAUAAUAUCGAGGCCAGAAAAGCUUUGGCAACAAUUUUGCCCGAGCCGUUGAGGGACGGCACGUUUUCCAGCAUUCUACAAGAUGAUUUGGCCACUAAGCGGUGCUUGGCGCAGUUAUUGUUGAACAUCAACGAACAGCAGUAA